AAGUCAAAGAAACACAUGCCCUCCCCCUUCUUCGUUCUGCUGAAUAAUCUACCACUUUGCAAUAGCCCACGAAUCUUCAAAAUAGAGUUGGGUCCCUGAUCGCUAUAGAACAGCACCUGCAGACUGGGAUGCUUAUUCCUCUAUACAUGCCUAUGACGCAGCAGACGUUUUCCGCUAUUGCGCGGAUGCAUUCUAGCUAAUAAAAUGCUAUGUGGUUAGCAAACCAUGAAAUGCACUGCUAGCAAGCUAACGACAGUCUAGCAGCAUGUAGAUUUGUAGUUUCAAUUGUGACAAAGGAGAAUAUGCAAACUAGAAAACGUUCGUCGGUGUUCGGUUAUAGUCACUCGUUGUGGAUGUGCACAUCUAACCAGCUAGUUACGUAUGUUGCUCGCUGACAAAUCGUCUGGCCUUGCUUCUGUCCUGAUCUGGCUUUCACCUGUGACGACAUCAACCAUUGCGGCUGAAGUGACCAAGGACUGUCCUAGCACUGGCGACGACAAUGCGGGACUAGGCAAGGACAGGAUUUGGACAUGAAAAGGGCGAAUCAUUAUUUUGUCAGAGAUGACAGUUGUAUUGCCAUCUCUGGAAAGAUAGAAAGUGUACAAUUCAUUUCUGGUUCCAGUACACAGAAAAAAGUUAACUCUAGAGGCUACCACCAAAUAUAGACUGAGUGUCUAUGAAAAGGAAAAUAAACACCUGCAAAACAUUUAGAAAGAAAAUUUGCAUUAGGUAUCUGUAGCUCUAAUUACAAGAGGCAAAAACAGACGUAGUGGGAAAAACAUGACAUCACAAAUUACUCUGAAAGAUCCUGAAAUCAAAAAAGAUGUUUCAAAUAUCUGCGAAACUGAUAAAGGAAAUACAAGGGAUCCCAAAGAUGAGUGGAGGGAGACGAACAAGCGUGAGGAAUGUGUACUCAAAGUAACACGCAAAGUUGGCCGACCCUGUAAGAAAUUGUCUGCCUUGGAGACGCAGCGUGUUACCCUGGACACCACAGCACCCAAGCAGACACUCCCUCUUGAUCUCCUUAAAUCUCCUCACAAACGUUUAAAAAAGCAUGGCCUACAAGAUGGCGGUGCUGACUUGAGAAGGUAUAGCAGAGCAUGUAAAGAAAAGAAGGAUGAUAUAUCUAAAAAUGAAUCGCGCAGGACAAAACGGCAACAAAACAACCCAACAAAGAGUCCGUCUCAGACAAAGAAGUUAAAAUCAAUCCCUUCACAACACAGGUCAGGCCACAGUCAACCUGUUCACUCACAGCAUGCGAUGGGAAGGAAACGGCAAGCUUUAGGCAUUAAGUUGAGGGAAAAAAGUCCAGAAGUUUCCUCAAAUGUACCUGACUCGCCUGCCCUGAAUUUGAAGCCCCCGAAACACGUUUUGCUCAAAUCUAAUGAGUCACCUGGAAGAAAUAAGCUAAAUAAAACAAGAAAAAACGACAAUCAAGGAGUCAAAGUAGUCGUGCCAAUUAACCAGUCAAAAUUACAGAAGAAGUUGAUUACUAAGCCAGCUAGAAUGGAAAAAAUCAGAGCUCAAGAAACAUUUUGUUCACGCCUUAAAACUAAGAAAACUGGUGUAAGCGCUAGGGGAUCGCUACGAACUGAAUUGCUUACGAAUGCUACCUCACCAGGCAUCCUGGUGACCCGUAAACCCGGAAAGCCGAAACGGACCAACAUGGUUGUUGAUGUGAAAUCUGAAAAAGAUGAAAGUGAUUCUAUAGCCUGUCAUUCUGAUACAGUCAAGGAAGGUGUCUCAAGUAACACCAAAUUAAGAAAACCACGAAAAAUAGACAAACGUAGUAAAAGAUUUCGAAGAAUGAAGGCAGAGGCCUUACUCAACUUAAAGAAAACGCCUGUUACUUUGGGAAACACAGAGGAUGAGAAAAGUGACACCUUAAGCCCCAUGCCGUGCGAUCAAAGUGUAGACAAGUCUUUGUCCAGUGUAAAAGAAGAAGGCCAACUGAUAGCGGAGCAAAAAACAAAUGCACUUACAAAAUUACCCUCCCAGCCCAGUGGGCCUAAGCGGAAACAACGGAGGAAACGCUCAUGGUGGAAGGAUAAAAGGAGAGCCCAUGGACUACUUGCUGGGAGACAAGACAUCAAAAAAGAACUCUCUAGUGUGGAGAGAAUCCAUAAUAUUCAAUCGGUUCCAUUAAACAGCCAACCUCGUGUAGAUAGUAACAAAACAGAACUGGCUGUAAGUUUUGGAGAUGCCCUGCCAGGCUCUGUGAAACCUCAGGCAGCAUCUGGCCCUAGUCAAGUGGGGGACAGUGUAGAGGAUGAAAAUGGCGCCGCUAUGAAAUCACAGUUGGAAAACAAAAACAGUGGAGUCGAUGAGAAAAGUUCAGGUGUAGAAAAGUCAGACAUAACGGGACCGAGUGAUGGUGAGCUGGAAUCUGAUUCUGGUUCAAACAUGGAAGUUUCUCAGGCGUUUAGUCUGACCAGUCCAGACCUUUCUGGACCACCAGAAAAGGACGUGUCUGAUAUUUCAUCUCUUGUGACCCCUGUUGUGGUAGGCUUUGAUGUGCUAGAUAAAAGCACUGAGCAGAGUAAUCCCAAAUCUGAUGACUACCUUACCAAUAAGAGCUUCCGUGCUACUAGGUCUGACACUGGAUACAUUCAGUCUGACCACCCACCUACCAGAGGUGGCCGAAAGCGCAGGGCAAGAGGCCCUGUGAAGUGUGAGUUUUGCAGUCGUCUUUUUAUUCACAUGUCUGCUUAUGUCAUCCACCGCCGGAUUCAUACUGGUGAGAAACCCCAUGCGUGUGCAAUAUGCGGCAAGGCAUUCGCUCAGAGGUCCAACCUUAAUGCUCACAUGAGGAUCCACGAUGGGAUCAGGAGGAUGCAGUGUUGUGGCGUGCAGUUCUCCAGUCAGGCGACAUACCGCACGCACCGCAAAACCCACCAGCAGACGAGCAGAGAAGAAGAUGAACACUUGAGUGGGUAUGACGACACUCCAAACAUCCAGGAGUCAGGAAAAUCCUGCCCCUGUCCCAUUUGUGGCAAAGGGUUCCGCUAUCGCUCCAUGCUGAAGACUCACAUGCGAGUCCACAGCGGCGAGAAACCGUUUUCUUGUAAAGUUUGUGGCAAGUCCUUUUCUCAAGCAACCACAGUUCGUGUCCACGAGAGGAUACAUUGGUCAGUCAAGCCUUAUGUGUGCCCUAAUUGUGGCCGGGGUUUUUCCCAAAUAGGGACUCUCAAGGUACACGCCUGCAAAAACAAAAGUGAAGCUCCCAUCUCCGUAGCUGUAGCUUAUCGUUGCCACCUGUGCCACAAAUGCUUCAAUGACAAACAACAGUAUGAGCUUCAUGUACAGUCCCAUACUGAUACGCAGCAAUAUGCUUGUGAAUGUUGUGGUGAGACUUUCAGCCUUCCGUCUGAGCUUCAGGAUCACCAUUUCUAUUGCACACAAAAGAAGACCACAGACACUGAACCCUCACCUCCUUUGUCUCGUCCUCACAGCCCUUCUUCACCAAGCCCCUCUACCCCACAAAGUCCCUUGUCUCCGCUUUCAGAGAGCCUUCCCAAACUAAAGCUGCUUACAAACGUGCAAACAACUUCUGCCAGACCGAAACUCAAACUUCAACGAAGCGCAACUCAAGAGCAGAACACCAACCGCAACAGACAACUGCCAUUGCUGACGUGUCCCAUUAAGUUAAUGACCAACUCAAUUGAUGAUUAUGCACAUCCUGAAAAGGCAUCAGCCAUCAGUCCUAUCAUAUUUCAAUUGAAUAAUUUGGAUCAGAAGCCAGACCCAAGGAAGUAUUUCUGCCCACGCUGCGGCCGUCUCUUCAGGCACGUGAUGAGACUCCGAGCCCACAUGCUCACUCAUUCCCGACGCGAGGGCUACACCUGUGGGUGUGGCAAGACAUUGGAAAACUGGAGGAAGUUCUGGCAGCAUCAGCGAGUCCACAGGCAGAAAAAGGGACGCUUCUUUUGUCCCAGAUGCACUCAGGGCUUUCGGUUUGUCAGUUCGUACAGAGACCACCUGCGAGAACAUCCGGAGCUGAACGCUUACGCGUGCCCCCUCUGCCCGCUGACCUUCUCCAAUUCAGAAGGCCUGAGAGCGCACCAGCGCGACUGGCACAAAGAAACUUUACCUUACAUUUGCGACGUUUGUGGGAAGGGGUUUAGCAGACAGAGGACGCUGGACCGGCACAGUGUUUCACACCGGGCAGUUAGCCAGACGUGUUUUAAACAACAGGAGGUGGAGGAGGAGGAGGAGGAGGAGCCAGGUGUGAUGCCUUAUCAGUGUGCAAAAUGCGAGUUUACUGUCAAGACGAUUGAUUUGCUCUUCCAGCACCAGCUUUGCCACUCACUUUCGGAGGACAAACUGUCGGAGGUUGAGGUUGGAGGCCAGAAUCAACUAAACAGAGAUCAGUACACCAACACAACCAGUCCUCGCCUAACCAUAGACCCUAAGACACAAACAUUUUCCACUACAACACAUUCUGCAAACCCUCAAGUCUCGCCUCCCCUGGAUCCUUUGCCUUCACAUAACAGACAGCCGAAACAGCCAAGCCCGCAGACUGGUCAGGUAAUAAGUACGUCACUCCAAAAACCACCUCUGCGCUCCACUCCUCAUUCCAGUUCCAGUCCUCAGCCUGCUGAAGGGCAACUGGCGAAGCAGACAUUGUUUACCUAUGGAAAAGCCUCCAUGAGUGCACAGCAUCUUUUGGAGAGCAUCCCUCCCCAAGAUCAUGUGUUUGUGGUGGAGAAAGGCACUGGCUCCAGCUGUGCAGACUGUGGGGCUGUUUUCACUGGUGUCUCAGAGCUCUUUGAGCACUAUUUGCUACAUGCAAGAGGAGAGGUUUAAAAAAAAAAAAAAAACUAAACAAAAUGUUUUCUCAUUCUCACUUUUUCCCCCACAUCAUUUACACCAAUGUGUGUGUGUGUGUGCAAAUGUUGUGUUUCAAGAGUCUCAAAGUAGGGAUUCAUGGAUUUUAUGUUUACAAAAAUAUCAUGGAGAUUGUAAUUACAUCUGUUGUUUAUACUAUGGAAAUCUGUCUAGUGAUGAAACCUACGUCUACAGUAGGAGCAGAAGGACCCGAUAACAUUUCUGAUACAUGUCCCAUGGGCAUUUAUCAGAUUUAGCAUCAGAAAUUACUAAAUAAAGUGACCUUUUUUGCUUUGA